AUGGCGGAUACAGUUCUUCAAUCUCCAACAAACCCACAUUUCUUCCAGCCUAUUCUUCCCGGCUCACACAUGAACAUUCCUGUAGCCUUCUUCUCAAAGCAUGUCCAAGGAAGACACGGAGACAAGACUGCAAGAUUGAGAUCAGAUGCUUCGGAUACGACUUGGGAAGUGGUAAUAACCGGCCGGAGACUCACCGGAGGAUGGAAAGAAUUCGUCAAAGCUCAUGAUCUCCGUGUUGGAGAUGUUCUUGUUUUCAGACACGAGGGAGAACUGGUGUUUCAUGUCACUGCACUGGGAUCCAGUUGCUGUGAGGUUGAGUACACAACCCUUGAUGACGGUGAUGAUAAUAAAGAAACUGUUUUACCUUCAGAUAUCAAACCAAUGAAGAAGAGAGCGAAGAAGAAUCCAAGGAAAAAAGAUUUUUGUUCUUGUUUUGUAGCAAAUGUCACAGUCUCAAGCUUGCAUGAGGAUAAAGUGUACAUUCCAGUUAGUUUUGUGAGGCCAAACGGUUUGAGCAAUACCUACUGUAAGAUUGUUCUUCUUAACGAGAUGGGAAGGUCAUGGAAGUUAAGUUUGGUUCACGACAAAAGCGGGUCUUAUCUCAGACAAGGUUGGAGAAGCUUUUGUAGUGCCAAUGCGAUUAAUGGAGGUCGUUAUACAUUCAAACUGGUCCAAAACUCAGAAACGCCUGUAAUACGUUUGUACCAAGCAGAACAUAGACAUGAGGACAAUACACAUUCUUAUCUUGUGGGAACCCUCACGCCUUCUAGCCUACGUAAUGAUACGCUGUAUCUUUCAAGGCGGUUUGUUAACUCAAAUGGUCUGAAGGAAAAAUGUUGUGAGAUGAUUCUUAAGAACGAUAAUGGUGGAACAUGGUGUUUAGUUUUGAGACGCAACGAAACAAACGAGACUACUGUUAUCUCACGAGGCUGGAGAAGUUUCUGCCAUGCAAACGGGUUAAAAGUUAGAGAUCCCUUCAGGUUUAAACUAGCUGGAACAAGAGAAAAGCCUGUUCUUCAGUUUUGCCCUUCUGAAUCCAACCGCAACACAAGGCAUGUAGACUGUUCAGAAGAGGCUUCCACUAUGGCAUCAACAAAGCAGGGAAGAUAACUCUGAUGGGUCAAGAUGGAGCAAACUGGAUGGUGCAUCUUACGAAUGAAAACAAAUGCCGAAGAAUGAGACUAGGAAGAGGCAGGAACGGAUUUUGUGAAGCUCAUGGUGUAAAGAUAGGAGAGAGUCCUUUGUGUUGGAACUCAUGCGAGAGAAAGAUUCAAGUCAUGUGCUUAAGUUCUGCACCAAAUAAUUGUGUGUGAGGCUGUUGUUCUAAAACAUGUAAGCUUAGUUCACUUUUGUACACUCUUUUAUGUCUGCUUUAUCUGGAAUCUGCUUUGG